UCUGCGUGACACUUAAAAGCAAUUACUUGUUGCUUAGCGAUCGUCUGUUCUUUUGGAGAUCGCCAUUGGCCCAAAGCGAUCACGCGAGAAGGUGGUGCUGGCUGGAAGUGGUGUUCAAUGUUUUAGUUCUGCAUAGUUGAAUCGUUGAAUGUUGAAUUGGUUGUGCUUGGUUUCAUGGGCCAGCAGCGGAGCGAGUGAGAGAGUCUCUGGGAGAGGGUGUGUGCGCGCGAUCAGCCGCCAAGCGGUGAUCGGUGCGAGUGGUGUGAUGAACUGUGCGUAGGAUCCCCGUACUCUUCGGCACCAUGGACGUCCGGUAGCCCCGAUGUGUGCAAGUAGUCGUCGGAGAUUUCGUUUUUGUUAUUCUUUGUCACCUCCGAUACCACCUACCACCCCGACAAGAAGCGUUGUACAGUAGUACGCGCAGCGACUUGCAACAGGCCUCCGCUGGUGCGAGUGAUUACACGGUCGACGACUGCUGAGCUACCUUGUCAACCCGGGAGGCAGUAGAAACACCAGCCAUGAGUGACACAGAUGAAUUGGCUGUCCAAGAAUUCUACAAGGGAAAAAGUGUACUCAUCACAGGGGUGACAGGCUUCCUUGGUAAGAUCCUCCUUGAGAAGCUGCUGCGUUCCUGCCCAGGCAUCAAGCAAAUCUUUCUCUUGAUACGGCCAAGAAAAGGAUGCAAGUCAAAAGAACGACUGUCUUCACUGCUCAAAUCUGAGUGUUUUGAGCAUGUGCAUCGUGAACAUGCUGAGGCACUGGAAAAGCUGGUGGCUGUCGAUGGAGACCUAACAGAGCCUGGGCUAGGUCUGCAGCCUGCCGACUAUGAGCUUCUCACGCGGGAGGUGUCAGUGGUCUUCCAUUCAGCAGCAACCAUCAAGUUCAACGAAACACUUAGGCAAGCUGUAGAAAUGAAUAUGGAAGGAACUAGGAAAGUGCUCAAGCUUUGUCAUGAAAUGAAGAACCUCCAGGCAAUGGUGCAUGUGUCUACCGCAUAUUGCAAUUGUGACUGCAAGAAGCUAGAUGAAAGAAUAUAUCCAUCUCACAUACACCCUCAAGAUAUUAUUUCUUGUACAAAAUGGAUGGAAGAGGGCAUGCUGGCUGCAUUGACUCCACAGCUGCUUCGUGCAAAACCCAACACCUAUGUUCUGGCCAAAUUCUUGAGCGAGUCCCUGGUUGCUGAAGAAGGUGGGGACCUACCUGUAGCCAUUGUGCGACCAUCCAUUGUAGCUGCAUCGUGGAAAGAGCCCUUCCCUGGCUGGGUUGAUGCAUUAAAUGGAUCUACAAGUCUGCUGGCAUCUUGUGCAUCUGGUGUGAUGACAACCAUUGUGACCGAUGUCAAAGGCGUUGCUGACAUUGUGCCUGUGGACAUUGUAGCCAACCUGUUGAUUGUGGUUGCUUGCCAAACUGCAGCUAAAAGGGCACGGCAGAGAGAGUUGGAAGAAGCCACGGAGAAGCACUGGGAAACUGUUGAGGCUCAACCACCGGCCGUGUACAACUGUGUGACAGGCUCUCUGAACAAGCUGGUAGUGGGGGACGUAAGACAAUACCUUGCCAAGUUCCUGCCUCAGUACCCAUUCCAAGACACCCUGAGUUGCCCCCGUGUGGAUAUGACAUCUAGCCGCCUUUACCAGUCCAUCAUGGUGUUCUUUCGAAAUUACCUGCCGGCUCUCGCUGUGGACCUACUGAGCCGUUGCACAGGCCGGAGACCACGCAUGGUACGGUUCCUGGAGCAGUCCAAGAGUGCCAUGGAAGCCGUGAGGUUCUUCACCACACAGACAUGGGACUUCUCGUCCAACAACAUGCUGCUACUCCACAGUAGGCUGUCACCCUUCGACAGGCAGACAUUUGACAUAGACAUUCGGAAGAUUAACUGGGAGAGCUAUUGGGAAAACUAUCUUCUCGGCGUGAGACGCUACCUGUUUAAACAAGACCCUUCAACCAUCCCGGAGUCCCGAAAACGACUGAAACGGCAACAUGCAGUGCAUGUAGCCCUAAAGGCACUUCUGCUGCUUGGUUUCCUGAGGGUGUUGCUCGGCCGGUCAAAAGUGGUGCGGCAGCUGUUGCAGCUGGUCAUGGGACUGCUGACGCAGCUGCUCUCUCUCAUCCGCUUCAGCUCUUCCUAGGCACUACAUUUGGGGAGGUGCCUGUUCUUUUUACAAUAUUUGCUUUCAGAAAGCCACUGCUUUGUUCCACACUGCCUUGACCUGGUAUUACGUAAUAGUGACUGCAAAUAUGCAUUUUUUUUACUCCUUCUUUGCCAUAGAAUACCCACAGGCACUUGCUCAUGCUGACCAUGUGGGCCUUUCACUUUGGCUACUUCUCUUAGGAGGCUUUUGCUUUCAUCAAUGCCGCCUCUGAUAUUAGUUUUCGAGCACACCCAAGAAAUGCAUUAUAACGGAAGGUGGUGUCUAUGUUGAAAGGCACGACUCACUUUCUUCCCAAGGUCCCAUUUUUUGUGUAUUUGCUUAAUUACUUUUAGUUUUUGUGAUUUUUGCACAUAUAUGCUUAUGCCUGCAUCUUUUCCAUUAGAAUGCUCGAGGCUGUCUGGAACAAAGUCAGUGUCCAUGCUCUAGAACUCCACCGUUAUCAUGUUCCUGUUUUUGAAUGCUGUUGGUCUAUUAUGUGAAAAUAACUUUGCAUUCACAAAGGCACAAGAAUAAGCAAAAACGUCUCUUCUCUACGCAGCAUUUAUACGAGGUAUUCAAAUGUUGUAUGUACCUUGCUAUCUUGUGGAAUUGUUUUGGUUUAAGGGAGUUUUUAUGUUUAAUUUACGUUGCAGAUUGUACAAGUUUGCCUGCGUGUGGUAUCAUUGGCCAAAAUUUUUAGUUUAACCUGUUGUGUGUUAGCUCAGGUGGCAGUGCUGAGCUAAUGCAUCAAUUUACUCAACGUCAGCGUAUAGCUGUGUUGAGGUGAAGCAUUGUCCUGCCCAACCUCUAACAUUCUAUUUUUGUUGUAGCAAGAAAGAAUUGAACAAGCAAGCUGGUCAGAAAAAAGGUGUAUUCCACAUAUGGCUCUAUAGUACCUUGACAACAUUCAUUUCCACUUUGUGCAUUUUUUUUUUGGGGGGGGGGGGGGGGGGAGGCUGACUGACUGUGGUUUCAGAAGUGAUAUCGUUCUUGGGAGACUUACCGGUAAGUUCAGUGAUCAAUGAAGCCCAGUUAUUUAACAGCUUGUAGCUUUACUGACCAAUCAGGUGUCAUAUGCACUAAGCUGCCCAACUUUUUUAGCUGCAUCAUUUGUGUUUACUCGUGCAUGCAAUUACAUACUUUACAGAAAUAGCUGGAGCCCCAAAAGACCUGAAAUCUCGCAAAAAUGGCAAAAGGAGUAUGUUUAAUUUUGAUGAUGCAAGCAGCAAUUGAAAUAUUAUUCAUGGCUGACUUUUCUACACUAAGUAAAAAUAAUAUACUGUAAUGAAGCAUCACUUGAUCAAAGCGUACAGAAACCUUUAACCCCCCAAUGAGUUGGUCAGAUGAACUGCAGUAAGCCUCAUUGGACUAGCAGUUAGAGGGUGUCACAAACACCUCAAGGAAUUGCUUUAAAGUUGUUAUUGUCAUCAGGGCAGUAAUAAAAAGCGUGACCCUAGGUAAGCCAGCUAUGUCACCAUGUUCUGUAGGUGACAUCAUUGCUAGAUGAAGGAUUGGCCAGAUGUCGAGAUUUUUUUUGUGUGUGUAUGUGUGUUUUCUGCUGUCAUCUGGUUUUAGCAGACAACUAAUACAACUAAUACCAAUUGGCAAGCCUGGAAUUUUCUUCACAGGCAGAGCUUAUAGUGGUGGUUGAGACAAGUGUUUGUGAUAUGGGAUAUUGACAUUGAAGUUGAAUAUGGCUGAGGCUGAGGGCCAGAGGUUUAGUCAUUUAUUUCUGUAAUGGCGGUAGGACAGUUUUAGCACCUUGUAACUAAUUUUGUUAUUUUUCACUGUAUGUGUUUGAUGUAGCUGUUUGAAUCGAGUUGCGUCCACUCAUGGAGGGCACCAAUGAUGUAGUCCAUUGCACUCAAUUCAGCAUAAUUCUGUUUGGAUGCAAUAGUAUUUUUAUGGGGUACUUUGAAACCCUCCCGAGUGAGUGGGGCAUCCCACAGCAUAGGGUGGAAAUUUUUUUUAUACUAUGUGGCGUGUGGUGGGUGCUUAACAUGCCCCCAUAAAUGUUUGCAUUUUCUAAUUGUCACUGUCUAAAUGCCUAGUAGACAGCUCCAGCUGAUAUAGCAUGAAAAAUUAAAUUGCCCUCUAUUUAAAUAUAAAGAUGCUGGCCAUCUUUCAGCAUUGUCUUGCCUGCACACUUUUCUUUUUGUGCGAUUAUACUGAAAAUUUGAAUUGACAUUUUAUUUAAAACCUUCUGUUGCCUUGCAUUCAGAUUAUUCUCUAGCACUCUGUCAUUUACCUAAAAAGUGAAGAACAAAAAGCACAACUGUUUUCCGAGGCAAAUUCUGAUAGCUGUGAUGAAGUUUUGAGAAAUACUGCAAGAAGGAAAUGACAUAGUAUGUGUUGAGUGUCUGAGGUUAGAGAGAUCAAGCAUCAAAAGGGCAUGCCUGCUGGCUAAACUGUGAUUACAAUAAGAGGCUGCAGAUAAGUGGACUAGCACAGAAGUAACUGCACUUGUUAGAAAUGAACAGUGCACCGGUGGCAUAAUUUUUCUGUCAAAAUACUACACGAAACCGUCGAAUAUGCAAGCCAGAUGAUGUCUCUGUUACUGUGUCAGUGUAACAACAUAUGUGUGAGAUCGGUUUUGUAUCUUCUUUGAAAAUGCUAGAGCUCUAUGCUCUAAAAACAGUGCUGUAACAGCGGUCUACCCAUUGGGAGGAUACAUAAGUUUACUGAAAGUCUGCUUGUUCUUUCCUUGCCUGUUUGAAACUUGUGGUGUCGGGAGAUUUAUUUUUUCUAGGGGCAUGGUGUUGGGAGUCCUUAUUUUUUUUGUAGGGGCAGUUUGUUUCAGGUUCUUAACUAACCAAAGAAGAAUGCAUGUUUUGCUGCAGGUGGUAGCAAAGCAUUGCACACUUAAUGCAGGCUUGUCAUCAAAGUGACAAGUGAAAGCAGGACGUUUCAUGUACCUCACUUUUACCCACCUUUUGGUUGCAUUCAUGGAGAAGCUUGUUACAAGCCCUCUGUCUCCAAAGAUAUUUUAAGCCCAUAAUGGCAUUAUUUGGUAUUGGGCCCUUUAAAACAUCUUGCAAUAAUUUUUAAAUGUUUCGCUUAGAUUCACUGUCAUCACUUAGUAAGCCUUUUGCCCGAGUUUAGUUCUGGGUUGUUUGUUCAACUGGCUCUGUAGUAACGGUUGUAAUAAAAUAAAAAAAGAAAGGAAAAAAAAACCCUGGUUAUUCGGGAAAGUGAAAAGGCUUGUUUUUAUGAAAACUGGCUCUAUUUAGUAAGUGCUUCUUCAAAAUAAUUGUGUGCCUACAUUGCAUUUGCUGGUUCAAAACUUGUUACAUUAUUCUUUCAGCCACUUGACUACAUCUGUGUAAGCAGAUGCAAUAUAAACUGCCAUUUGAAUAGAACAAAUGCUGCCAUGCUAUUUGUUGAUGCAGAAAUUUGGUCUUGAGACAGAAACCCAGUGCGUUCUUUGUAAAUGUACCAUGUUCUGUUGCUAGGUUGUACUGCACUUUUUAUUCCUACUUGGCAGCACAAAGCUGUUUUUGCAUUCAUCAGCAGCUAUGUUGUCCCUCUUUUCUUUUUCACAAUUGUGUGCUUAAUUUAAUGAACUGCAUGUUAUCUGAAGUGCACUUUGCAGGUUUCUUUAUAUUUAAUUGUGCACAUAUGUAAAAUGCAUGCACACAGUUGCCAUCACAUCUGCAUUAGUUGACAAACUUUGCAAGCACCAACCAACAGAAAAUUUAAUAAGGUACAAGAUAACCUCUCCUGCAACUGUAUGUGAUGAGCUGUCUUUUUUUAUGCACGAAAAGUUUGUUGCGGCGACUUGCUCUUCUUUGUGGCUUCUCUUCAAUGUGCUAUUGCGGUCACUGAGUUGCAACAUGUGAGGUGUGGCCGGAGCGUGCUCGGGAGCAAGCUAAUGAUUGCACAAACGAAUGAUCACACGCACAACGCGGAUCACACGCAAAAUGCGGAUCACACGCACAAUGCGGAUCACACGCACACUGCGCAUUAGAGGAAAGUUUUGAGUGUUUUGUCAUUCUAAAGGUGGAGGUAAACAACUCAGCAUUUUCCAUCACUCCCUGCAAUUCUGUCAUGGUGAAAAAAAAAGUUUGCGCCGUUUCUGGCCCUGCAGUGGAAGAUGGCAUGUCACUGUUCCGUUCCUACAAGUUCUUCAUUGAGGGUGACGCAGAUGUCUGAUUCGUUCUCACUGAAACGGACAAAUAAUGCACAUAAACAAUACGUGAUGUGCAGCAAUAUUCGGUUUGGUCGGGCUUUUUUUUUUUUUUAAUUUCUCCUCCGAGGCACAGGAGCUGAGAGGUGUUCCCACAAGGAACUCCUCUUUGCAGGAAUUUCCAAAAGGCAUUUCUGAAGCACAGCGACUACUCCACUUGAACGGCAAUGCAUUUAGAGGGUCACUUGGCAGAGUUUAGGAAGAGCUUCAAGGCACGUAGGGAGGGUGAAGGCGUCUUUGGAAUGACAAAACCCUCUCCACUUUGUUCACGCUGUUGCCGCUCCAUCUUCUUGCCAGAGCACACUUCCUCUAUGCCUCAUGCGUUGCAGUGCAAACUGAAUGCAGCAGCAGUAUAUAUAUAUAUAUAAACUAGGUUUUGAGAGCUUACUUGGUUGACACAAAGCUCAGUUAUGGUGGACUCUCCGAAACUGCACUUUGUAUAUCAGUCCAUUUCGCAGCUGUGCUGCUCACUACAAUGCCGUACUGUGUUGCCCAGAAAAUAACUGAUGCAAUGACACGCAAGUUUACGCUCCUGUCGCACACUUUAAAUGUCAUGUGCUUUUCUUUUUUUCUUGCUUGCUAUAUUGUGAUUUAUUGUGCAUGUAGUCACUGUCGCAGUCAAGUCCACUGCAGGUUGUAUGUGCUUGUGCACAUGUUUAUGAGCCAUUGCUGAGAAUUUUGUUGUGGCCAUUUUGCUAUACAGAAACAGAAGUGGCACUUGAUAUUGUUCUUUCAAGGGUUUUUUUUUUUUUUCGACGCACUUAUGUUCAUUUCAAUUUGUGUGUCAGCGUCACAAUCUACAUUUGCGUUUUAAUUCUGGCCACACAGUGCGCAGAAGCGUUUAAUUCUUUCUUUUUUCUUGCUAUUAGUGUGUUUAUGUGUACAUGUGUGUGUGAACAUGUGUAUGUGUGUACCUGUCUGGGUGCACUUUCUGGCUGUUGCAUAUUUUUCCUGCAUACAAUCCCUUCCAUUUUUUUUUAAUUGGCAGGUGUAGGUGAAGGCUUGUUUUUUUAAUGCCUUUAUUAUUAUAAUUAUUAUCAACAUUGUUUUGAUAGCAAGUAGCUACAAGCUGAUAUGCAACGUUUCGUGUUUUGCUGUUGUACACUAAUGGUGGUGUGCAUAGAGAAAAAGGAAUGAGUGCAGUUACUUGCAUCUAUAAAUUACAGAUCACAGUGGUUGCAACACCUUUUAGAGCAGUGUAGUACUUCUUAACAGAAACACUUUUUCUUUCUUUCUUUCUUUUUUUUUUUUUUCUUUUUUGAUUCCAGCGUUGCUGCCACAUUUGACAACUAAAAUUAUCACUAUUUUUAGAAGCAAAUGUUUCGAAGUUUUUCAGUUGUUGUUUUUCCUGGAACUGUGUCGCAAAUUUUACGCUUUUGUGAGGCGCUAUUUUUGCCUUAGUGCUUCAGAGCAGUGCCUGCAAAGAAAAGGGGACGCUUUUGGGGAAAAAAAAUGUUUUUUCCAAGAGGCACCGUACAUGAGGCACCAUACAUGCCUCUAAAGGCAUGUAUGGUGAAGAUUUCCUGUGGAAGGGGAUAAAUACAUAUCACAAUUUUGCUGCGAUUCUAGCACUUUCUGCUGAGUCAUUCUUUAUUAUAAAAGACUGGCUGUGUCGGACAUUACUCAUCUUUGGAGUCCUAUUGGUGCCUGCCAGUGUAUUUGGAGAAAACUAUUUGCUUGACAGUGGAAUAAUUGCAGUAAUGUAAACAGAGGUUCAACAGCUGUAGAGAGCUGUACAAUUAGUCACUCAUACGUUUUUUUUUUUUUUUUUUUUGCCAAUAAGUAGGUCAGUUCUAUUCUCUUAAAAAUGUGCUUGCAGUGUGUUGAUGCAGUUAUACAUUCCCAGGCAUUAAAACUUUUCAUUCCUGUCACAUUCUAAUCAAAGCUUGCUGCCACAUGUAGUAACUUUGCAGGUUAGGUAACGAGCACGCCGAAUUCCUUACUCUUAACUGCACUUUUUCUUCUUUGUAGAUAGGCUAGGUAACUUUGUUGUUACAAGCUUAGCUGCAUGCGUGGCCUGGAAAAGCCGGAAGAUAACACUUGGAGCAGUGGCGCUAACUAAGUCGAGGUCAACAGAAUUUUUUCAUCGUGCCAUCUGCAUGUUAAUGUGUAAGGAAGCUACUCUUUGCCCCACCCAGCGUGGCGUAAGAGAUGCACUAAUCUUUAAGGCUUGGUGUCAGCACAGCCUCUUAAAAAGCAAAGUUCACCACACGAAACAGCACACAUAACAAUAGUUAGAUUUUGUUAGGAUUAAAGGCUCGCAGCGAAGGUAAAAGAGGAGCGAUCCAACUUGAAACCUGAAGUCCCGAGUUUCCAUGUAGAAACUCGUCCAAGCACCACGCAGGCAGUCCCUUUUGCUAAGCUUAUUGAUAUUUUUGUAUGCGCAGUAGGGCAACUCUUCUGGUCACAUCUAUGGCUUUCGAGGAUUUUAAGCUGGGAAGUAUUUUUAUAUUCUCAUAAAAUCCAACAUAGAUUAUCAUACAAGGCACAUUUGUCCCUUGGUAUAAGCUGGCAUAGUUGGAAGCUGUUCCAGGAUUUUGAUGUUUGUAUGCUAUGGUGCCCAUGAUGGCGGUAAUAUGGCGGAGGCUUGUUUAUAAUUAUAUACUCACUGUCUUGCUGCUUUAUGGUUUUGGUAUGCAUUCUUGCUGUUGUGUGGACAUAGUUUAUUUGCUCAGCAGAUAAUCGAACUACUAACUCUAAUAGCGAGUCAAAACUACUAAAUACAACUUUUUUGCUCUUAGUACUGAAAACCUGUUGGUAGUGGUUGUAGCCAAAACAGACUAGCACAUUUUUGAGACAUAAAUACAAGGGAAGGGAAUUAUACAAAGGUCUUUGAUGUCUAUGGUUGAUAUGUCAUGUAUUGGAGACUGAAUGUCAAUAAAGAAUUUUCCAAGUUAACAGCAUGGCUGAAA